UAUGGGGGAAAAAAACCAAAUGUGGCAAGAAAGAUGAGACAGGGAGGGGAAAGGGAGGCAUUUAUAUCAAAUACAAAAAAGUGUUGCAGCUACUAGGGUAGGUAGUAGGUACAGAAGAUAGGAGACUGUGGACUAGGUUAAGGCUGGGGCACUGUACGUUAAACAAAACAUUGAAAAUGAUAGGGAAACAUCAGACAGGAUUGUGUGAGGAAUGUCAGGAAGAAGAGACAGUAGACAUGUAGUUCUGAGUUGCAGGAAGUAUGGGAUACGGAGAGAUGAUGAUUAUCGAUCUAAGGGAAUUGGGAGUGCAGGAAUUCACAUUAAAAGGGUUGCUGGGCUGGGUGAGAAAGCACAGGUCAGGGUAUUUUUAGCUUUCUUAAGGGGUACAGGGUUUUUUUUAUAGGAUAUGAUGAAUAAGCAGGCAACUUCCCUUCCUGAACUAUUUUUUGUAAUUACCCUUGUUCUCACAUUAAAAACCUAGUAUCCAUGCUCUUUCUACUCUCUAAUGUUUUGGGAAGAUAGAGGAGCCUGUAGCCCAUCCUACUUUAGUGUCAUUUGCGAAUCUGAAAUUUUACAUCACAAAUUUAUAUGGUAGUGGUCAUGGCACUGAUUCUUGGUAUCUAUGCUAACUACAAUCCUCCUUCAAAAACAGCAGAAGGUUAACUGUUUUUUAUCAUUGACACUUUUAUUCAGUGAUUCUCAUUUACUAACCAGCCUUUGGAAAUCUAUAUUGACAAAAUUCCUUGUGUUCCCUUUGGCAAUUUUCAUUAUUAUCUGCAAAUAAGUUUACUCAAAUAUUGGGUAAUGUAAUAGAAUUUGAAGGAACAUUUAUUCAACUUACUUUCAAAGAACAUCUACUUAAAAUUUUUGCAAUAAACAUCAGUUUAAAUAUUCACACAAUUGUAUAAUCUCAACCAGUUCAUAUUAUUUUCAAAUUCAAAGUAGAUUUGUAUUCUAUUACAUAAAAUGUAACAAAUCUAACAGAUUAGCCAUCUGUACAAUAUUAGAGCAUUGUUGAAACUUAACUUUAAAUUUGGGAGACUGGGCAGCUGAAGGAAGAGGAAGGCUGUGAACAAACAAAUGGGAGAAUUAGUUCUUCUGAUUGAACAUUGCUCACCUGGUUCCUGCACCAGAAAGGACUUUCUAUAAAGCUGAUUCAAAUCAUGUUGAGAAUCAGUGUUCAAGUAGAUUGAGAAUAGUUAAUAAAUCUACACAUUUGUAGUCAAUCCAUAAGGUUCUUUCAUAUGUAGACAAACUGGAUUGGAGAGAGCUUAUUAACUUAUAUAGGUUUAUUGUUUUCUUCAUAUAUAAUUUUCUUUAAUUAUUCUGAGUUGAUAAUUUCUGCAAAUGCUUUUCAAUAUUCUGAUUGUUAUUAAAUUCCAUAGCUGAAAAUGUAAUUUCCCUUGCUAUGAUCAACAAGCUGUUCAGUUUUAAUAGUUCAUAUAUGCUACCUAGCAAUUAAGAACUAACAUUUUGUUUUUUUGAAAAUAUAACUAAUGUUCUUCAUUCUUCUUACCUGUUCACUUCCGUAUUUUAAAUUGUAUUAAUACAUCUAUACCAAAGGUGCUCCUUCCCUCUGCUAGCCUGCAAGCCACCCUUGAGUAAUGUGUAGCACUUGCUUAGCCCACUGACCAGGGUAUUGUGAAGGCAUGGAAGCAGGUGGUGGAUGAUCGUAUAAGCAGCUGAUGCAUAUCUCAAGUCUUGGUUAUGCAACUAUGCCAGGCAGACAAUCUCUGAAGAGUAUUGAUAAUAGUUGGGGUCGCCCGCCUUGUAAAGACUCUGUCCAGAAGAAGGCAAUGGCAAGCCACUUCUGUAGAAAAAUUUGCCAAGAAAAAUUCUGGUCAUGAGACCAUGAUCACCUAUGUCAUACAACACUGCACAUGAUGAUGGUGAAUAAAGGCUACCUUUAAAAUACUUUACACACCAUGUCAAAAAUAUCAGAUUAGCAGACUGCAGGGUGAACAGUAGUCUUCAGUUAACUGAGGUGAUUUUAUGUGACCCACAAAUGACAUCUAUGCUUGUCAUCCUUUUACCAGUUCAUGGUUAUCAUGUAUUUACCAUCUAUAUUGCAGCUAUCCAUUGUUCCUUUUUUACAUUGAGUCACUUACUUAAUGUGAUCUGACUUUGAACUGUUGUAAUUUGUUUUUUGUUCAGAAUUGAUUAUUGUUCUGGUAUCCCGGUGUAUCACUUUUACCCCAUCUGUUGAAAUUUAAAUAGGUGUGACAAGACUGUUUCUGGAACCCAGCUGGUAGCUUCUGCAGUUGAUUAUGAAAAGAGAGAGCAGCUUCUGCCAUUUGUUGGCCUAAACAAUUUGGGAAAUACAUGUUACCUCAAUAGUGUGCUUCAGGAUGGAAUUUAUGAAUGACAUAAUCAUCAAGAAUCAAGAGAUGCUGAAGAGUGACGAGGAUCCCAAAACAGAUCAGGACAUGACAGAUGGUCGAGAGGAAUUGCCAGUUUGCUUAGAGCUGAUCUGUAAUUUGCAUAGUUUGAUUGGGUUGAUGGAACAGACUCAGGCCAGCUACCUUCUCAAUGCCGAGAAUUACACAGAGGGGGAGCUUGCUAUUCAGCCUAAAAGACUGAUGUGUACGUUGAGAGAGCUGAAUCCAAUGUAUGACGGAUAUCUCCAGCAUGAUGCACAGGAAGUUUUGCAGUGUAUUUUAGGAUACAUCUUAGAAGCUUGCCAGUUAUUGAAGAGUCAUGCAUCUGCUGAAGAAAAGAUUGAUCCUGAAACAUGUGUGGAGAAUAAAAUAUCCACUGAAAUCGCUGAAAUAUCUUCUGAAAUCUCAAGCGUCAGAAAUGUUGUUGUACAAGAAAACCAUGAAAUGCCCGAUCUGGAGAAAGAGGAAACGCUGAAGAAGAAAAAUGGUAAAAGAAAAAGUGUUACGCAAGAGGGCAAUGCCAUGAAAAGGUCUAAACUGCCAAAAGAUCCAAAAAAUAUACAAGGGAAGCGACAAACUAAAGGGAAGAGAAAAUCUUCGGGAGACAAUAUUGAGCAAGAGUUUGAUACUGAUACUAGGAAUGUAUCUGAAAAUAGCACUGCUGGCAUGGUUGCCCAGAAAAAGACACGACUUGGGUUAAGGUGGCUGAAGCCAACAGUGAACCAGCCAAGUAUACUUUCAAAAUUCUGUAGUCUUGGAAAAGUGACAUCAACCAUAAGCACAAAAGAACCAAGUAACAAUGAUGCAAGUGGAUGUCAGCCAAAUUAUGCUGUAAACUCAGUGGUGACAGAUUACCACUGUUCUUCAUCAGGCUCUGCAACCCAAUGUGAUAAGGAAAUCAGUGAGAAAAAUCAAGACCUGUGUGAAAUUGAGGGUACGAGCACAAGUAAAGCAGAGCUGUCUGGCUUAGAGAUGAUAGAUGGAAUGUUCCAAGGACAAUUAGUCCUAAGGACACGAUGCUUAGAGUGUGAGUGUUACUCUGAGCGAAGAGAGAAUUUCCAAGACAUUAGUGUACCUGUUCAAGAGAAUGACACCAAGGACAAAGGAUCUGAGAUCUCACCAGAACCGAAGAUGGAGAUAAAAACACUGAACUGGGCAAUAUCACAGUUUGCUUCAGUGGAAAGAAUCGUUGGUGAAGACAAAUAUUUCUGUGAAAACUGUCAUCAUUACACAGAAGCUGAACGCAGCUUGUUGUUUGACAAGAUGCCAGAAGUUGUGACAAUCCACUUAAAGUGCUUCGCAGCAUGUAACUCGGAGUUGGAACCUUAUGGCAAUCUCUCAAAAGUGAACACUCCCUUACUGACUCCUCUUACACUUUCACUGGAAGAAUGGAGUACUAAAGAGGCCAAUGACAGCUAUGAACUAUUUGCUGUGGUUAUGCAUAAUGGGGUGAGUAUUAGUAGUGGUCAUUACACAGCCUAUAUAAAAAUGACAUAUCUUGGCAGUCAAGAGAUGACCAAUGAAGAACCUGCAUUGAACUGUGCAUAUAGUACGAAACAGGAAUCAGUCAGUGAAGAACAGGCAAAAAUCUCUAUUUAUUCACAUGAAUAUGAUGAUGGAGAAAUAUCAGUGAAAUUAAAAGGAAACUUCCAAGCAGCAGCAUCUGGUAAAACUACAAAGAAGAAUGCAGAAAGUGUUGGACUCCUAGGUGGACAAAAAAAAUUGUCUGGCUUUGAACCGUACGCCUCCAAGAAUAAGAAUGACCCUGAAAAACCUGGUUUUGCACUGAAAGAAAAUGACAAAUUGGACCUGGUUAACCUUGAAGACAAAUAUAAUGGUUUCCUCAACAGCCAAAGCAGUUUUAACAGUCUAUGUGGAAUACCAAAAAUUGGAAGAAAUACCCCAGAAAAUGGGGUUCCUCAACGCUGCUGUAGUCUGCAGGAGUAUGAAGGAAAAUGGAUGUUGUUUGAUGAUGCCGAGGUGAAGCUUAUAGAUGAGCAAGAUUUUCUCAACUCACUUUCUCCAUCGACCUCUUGUACAUCAACCCCAUAUUUGUUGUUUUAUAAGAAAAUGGCAAACCCAUAAAAAAAUGAACUUUAA